GGAGGCACUGUGAAGACCUGUUGGGCGGACGAGUCCGCUUGUCCAUCCCUCAGCCGCUUCUCGUUUGCAACUGAUCCAUCAACGGCCUUCAAGUUGCUGCCCGGCGGAUCAUCGCGGUACGUAGCGGCCUCUCGUCCGACGGUGAGUGGGAAGAUGCGGCGAUUGGAUCACUCACAAGCACACCGAUCUGUUUGCUGUCUGUGUGUCUGUGUGUGUCUUCAGGUCUGCCUUGUCGACGGGCGGACUGAUUGGUUGAGUGUGUGUGGACAGCUGGCUGCCGACUCAUGCCUUUGAUAGGCAAGCACUGAUUGAUGCACACAACAAAUGCACCAGGUGCCCGCCAAUCUGUCUGUGUGUGUGUGUGGUCCAUGGUGCAGCUGUCUGUCUGUGUGUUUGAGUGAAUGAGAGCGAUGUGGUCUGGUCGUCCCGACACCGACAUGGCCGCUGCUGGCCCGGCGGACGGCGGCGAUGGCGAUGAAGGUACACUCAGCUCAGACAAAUGCAGCACAUCACACACGCAGCAUCAUUGGCAAAGGUCGUGUGUGUGUGUCUGUCCAUUCCUCUGCAGGCCAACGCGGCGGCGGUGACGAGCGGCGGCCAGUGGAUGUGGAGGAGCGCCAGGAGGGCCGUGCAAACGGUGGUGCGGUGAGCAAUGUCGUCAUGAGGCAGAGGAACAACGCCUCCAUGACAGAGCCCUCUCAGAUGCCAUCGCCGGUAGGCCAACAAACACGAGCACCGCGACAGACAGACAGACACCUUCACCCACUCUCCCUUUCAUAUGUGUGUGUCAUUGGCUGUCCCGCCGCGGCACACGGCAGGCCAUCCAUCUCACAGCCAGGGUGGCGGGUGGGCCACAAGCAGCAGCAGCAUCAGCACCAUCAGCAGUGGAGCAGGAAUCCUCAUCUAGCUAUGCAGGUAGUCAAUGGAUGCACCACAGCCAGCCUGACACAGCACGUCAUCAUCGUCUGGGUCGUGUGUGUGUGUGGGUGUGUGUGUGUGUGAAGGUGUUGGUGUUGUAAAGCGUGCCGGCUCCCCUCUGGAGCAUCAGGAGCACGAGAGGCCCAAGGGAGACAGGCAAAGGGACCAACCUGCCGCCAACCUGCCCAGUGCCCAGCAGCCACAGGUGAUUGCAUCCCUCCUCUGUCCUUACCACACUAAGACAUGGCAUGGCUGUGUUGUGAACUGUGUUGUGUAUGGUGUGAACAGCGUCCCCCCGCUGCCAAUCCUCCUGCUGCUAGUCUUGGUGUCCCUCCAUCCACUGGUCCGACGCUGAGCGGCCAUGGGCGUCGCCCACCGCAACCGCCCCGUCUCGGAGGGGGCGUCAGCAGUGGUGUUGGUGCUGAAGCUGGUGUUGCUGCCUCCGGUGGGCAGCAGGGCAGCGGGCAGGACCGACAGAACGGAGGUAGGUCAACAAAUUACCCACCAUCAACACACAUACCACCCUCCCCUGUGGACGCUAUGCCACAGGUCCGACGCUACCCCCUGGCUGGAAGAGCUUGGAGAAGGGGGUGAUCGACGUCGACUUCCCUCGUAGCACCAGUGACGCCAGCAUUCGGCUGUCCAAGGCCAUCAUUCGCCGCACCAUCACUGGCGCACAGCAUCUGACGGGCAUCAUCCACCAGCAGGGAUCGGACCCCGACCUGAGGGCGGGGCUGUGGGUGGCGGGCACCACAUCAUGCUGGACCUAUCCGCUCCUGUCGCUGUGCAUCGACAACCUCACCAACAACAGCGUGCCGUCCAUAUGGGCAGCCGACGUCAAUGGUGGUUACACUCCCGUCGCCUUGCCUUUGUGGGAGACCCCCGGCCUCCAGUUUGCCGUCAUGAAGGCCCUCAUCGAAAGCGGCGCCGACAUCAAUGCGGGCCAUACGUGCUGGCCCAUCCGGGUGGCCAUCGCCUCAUGCAAUCGGCCCGCAUUCGGCCUCUUGAUGAGUCGGCCAGGUGCGCACCCAUUCACAGCACUCACCACACCUAACACACAGCGUGAUGUCUGUCUGUUCCAGGCAUCCAGCUGCAGGGGCGUCAGGUGAUGCGGCUGCCGAGCAGAUCGCCGACGGACCAGCCGACUGCGGCUCACGAGGCCAUCCUGCUGUCCUUCUACCGGCAGCUCAUCCAGCGUCACCCCACACUCGCAGCCGAGACCGAUGCGGACAAAGGCAGCAAUUCGGUGCAUUGGGCCGCCAUGAAGCCUUCCGUCUGGUCCCAGCAGUUCAUCGAGGACUACAUCGACAUGCUGGUGGCCAACGGGGCCGACAUCACGGCUGUGGACAACUUUGGGCUGACGCCAUUGCACCUCGCGGUCAUCAGCGGCGCCCAUUGUGUCGCUGCCUCUCUCUUCCGCCGCCUCACCCCUGCUGACAUCAACAGAGGGAGACCGAAUGACCCCACCUGCACACCCCUCACCGAUGCUGCCCGAUGGCUCGAUGAGUCCACCCAGCGGCUGCGGGACGACAAUGUGGGCGAGGAGACGAAGGACGAAUCCAGAAGACAGAUCCCCAACCUGCAGAAGACCAUCCGCACACUCCUCCAGGCCGGUGCCGACAUCGCCCUGAUGCCCACGGCCACAGAGCGGCACCGCCGUCGCCGCCAGCUCGUGUUGGCGGAGCGCACGGCGCUGCCCAACGAGCUGCCCAUUCCCGAGCCGCGCCCCGCCACCAUCGAGGCGCCCUUCCAGCCCCCCACAGCCAAGCACAAAACGACUGAGCAGCCCUCGGCUGACCGUCUGCUGCUCUCUAACCCCAGCUGUGUGUCGACGGCCGACCAGACGCCCCGCGAGGAGCCGCUGCCGGGCCCAUCGGCAGGCAGCAAAUUGGGCAGAGGGAGGGGGCUGGGCCUCCCGGCUGCUGCACCAUCCCUGUCGUCUCGGGCGGCCCCUUCGGCUACCCCUCUGCCGUCAGCUGAGGAGCUGCACAAGUCGGCCAUGCGGCGACCGUUUGUGUCGUCGAGUCCCUCUCACCCGCCCCCACGCCCUUCGCGCCUCCCACCUGCACACAGACCGGCGAGCGGUGCCGAUGAGUCAUUCCCGCAUCCAGCGCAUGAGCCACAGCAUCCGUAAGCAGACAGACACAGAGAAGGGGAUGGAUUGGUUGGGCACAGUGAAUGGUGUUGGUGUGUGUUGUCGUUUUAUUUCGUGUCAGUGACGGCUCGUUUCUCUCGUCGUCGAGUGGGCAUCGUCCGUCAGGACAUCGGGGCCCUCUGGCACUCGUCAAGUGUCCCAGGCAAGGAACAGACAGGCCGACAUCAGGACACCUCACGCACACAUCGGUGGGGGGUCGCUUAUGGUGCGUGCGUCUUCUCAGGUCGUUUGGGGCUUCGUUAAGCCACGAUGACGCCCGUCAGUCGCCAUUCUACGGGCCCAGGUAGCGCACACGCUCAAUCAACACACGCGGCACAGCCGCCAUCGAAUUGCCACGUCUGUUCUGUGGUGUGUCAGAUCCGGGUUUCACGCCUGUACGUCCUCCAGUAGCUACGACCACUCCAGUGCACCACCAGCUCCAGCAGCAGCUGCAUUUGCAACACCAUCAGCACCAUACGAAGAGCCACUAGGGUAGGCAGGCACACCCACACACCGGCGAUGGGCUGCUCGUCACGUUAUUGGCUUGCGACGCCGCGUGUGCUACCAGGUCAUCGCACCACCAUGAGGGCGGACAGGGCGUCUCGGUGUCGGUACACCAUGGUGCUGCUGCUCCUGCUAAUGCUCUAAAUGAUAGGUGGGUGUCGAUUGGUUGUCUCACUAUCAGUGUCCACCUGUGUGUGUGUGUGUGUGUGUGUGUGUGUGCAGGAUGGCCGGCUCGUCGCGGGAGGCUGAGCUGCAGCGCGAGAACGAGGAGCUCAAGAGAAGGUACACGCAUCCCAUAACACAGCACAUAAGAACGAAACGCAACGGUCUCGUCGGUCGGUCAGGCUUGCCGAGCUCACCAUCGCCGCGCAGCAGCACCAGCCGUCAUCGUCCAGCAGCUCCAGUGCCCCUCUCCCGCUACAGCCUUCCCCCAGCAGCAGCAGCCCCCGGGUGCGGCCCAGCCAGAGGGAGAUGGGCGUGAGUGUGCCAUCUGCCUCGACGCGCCCCCAUCGGUCAUGUACAUGCCCUGCAGACACCUGCGGCUGUGUCGCCAGUGCUAUGACCACCGCUGCAGCAAGUGGCGGCGGGACCUCCACCAGGUGCGGGCCGAGAAUGCGCGGCGGCGUCAGGAGAACGAGCGCAUCAAGAGACAGAACGAGGGCCGCAGGAAGGAGAAGAGGAUACCGUUGGUGGAGCUGCUAGACGACCCGGAGUACCUGUGUGAGCACUGCAAAAAGAGGGUGGAGUUCGCCGGGUCGCGCGAUGAGGUGCGGCAGUGGGCCGAUCAGCCCAUCAUGUGACCUUCCUACCAUCCUGCCAACAGACAUCGAUGUGG